CACCCAUUACGCAGUCUACUCUAAUAUUGACAACCAAUUGCUACAUUACACAAAAUUUGACAUUAUCGCCUCAUCUCUUCCUCUUUGCUUCCACAACUGCUGGGCAAAGACUCGACGACUCUCACCAGAAUUGGGAAGAAGCUAAAGAGCAGUGGAAAUGGCCCUGCAGCUACCCGCCAAGACCAUACCCUCGCCUUCUUCUCUAGCCCCGACGGGCAAUGCUGGCCUCCGGCCACCUUCCGAUGCUUUUGCUCUCAAAUCGUCCUUCCUCGCCCCUUCUCUUCACCUCUUGCUUCCUCCUCAUCAAGAGUCCGGCGCUCCUGCAACUGCUCCAAAAUUCUCCAUGCGGGUUGCCUCCAAGCAAGCCUAUAUUUGCCGCGAUUGCGGGUAUGUCUACAAUGACAGAACGCCCUUUGAGAAAUUACCGGACAAUUUCUUCUGCCCUGUUUGUGGUGCUCCAAAACGAAGAUUCAAGCCAUAUGAGCCCAAGGUGGCCAAAAAUGCUAAUGAGUCGGAUGUUAGGAAAGCCAGAAAAGCACAGAUUCAAAGAGACGAAGCAAUAGGGAGAGCAUUGCCCAUUGGAAUUGCGGUUGGAAUUGCAGCAUUGGGUGGUUUAUAUCUCUACUUAAAUAACACCUUUUAGGCUCAAAACACAGCAACAAAAAAGUUGUGCUCAAACUUCUUGAGACUGGACCAGUUAUUACUUUUCAUUUCAUCAUUCAAUUUGGUAGUUUAUUGGUUAAAUCCAUUGAGAUAAAAAGAAUCCAAGAAUGAGAGGACUGCUUGGUUGUACUCUUCAACCUUUUUGUGCUUAAUCCAGCAACGAAAAUUUUGCCUCUA